AUGUCGAGUCAAUUCCCGUCGCUCAAGCGCGCCCAGACGGAUCUUCCAGCGCAGCCAACAAGCCCGCUGCGACACGGAUCUACCGCGUCAACUAACUCGUCGGCCUACUCGGUUGCCUCAAGCUCAUUUGCUCCCAGCCGAACAAGCACGGUUUCCUCAAAUGCCUCCAUCUCGAGCAGUUUAGGCCACCAUCGAGGCAAAAGUGAGACGGGCUCAGCGACAAUGAAUUCCAAUGGAGCGGGAAGCUGGUCGAACGGCGGGACAACAUAUGAAAACAUCCGCCGGUCCCUACGACCUCUUCAACAGGCACCCAAUAAUAUUCCAUCUGCCACCAAGCCGAUUGCGUACCGACACUCACGAAGUAAUACGAUCGACGAGUCACGAAUCACCAAGGAGUACCGGCCUAGUACUCCAGAGUCCCCUCGAGUCCACUUCAAGGAGAACGAAUCUCCUCGGUACAGAGCAGCUGCAUUCGAGCCGCAAACGCCGCCAAGGGGAACUACGCCUCAACAUCUAUCUCCGACUCCUACGCCGGGGUCGUCGCGCCCCUCGUCACCUCAGAAAACGUUGUCGAAUAGUCCACACCCUCCACCUCUCACCACAGCUCUGUCGGCGCCUGAACUUGAGACCUUCCAGAAGUCAUCGACGCGCCAUCUGAGAACUCUGUCCAAAAUCGCACAAUCCGGUGACAAUGACGAAUUCCAAUUCAGUGCGGCCACACAGUCCGUGGUGGGAAUGCAAGGGAGACGACGAUUGAAGCGUGCGGAUUCCGUCGCUGGUGGACGAAACGGCGCGGUGUCCCCAGAGAAGCCCAAGGUGUCAUCCUGGGCUGCUGGGAACUGGAUGGAUCAACAGCGACAAUUCCUGCAGGCCUACGAAUAUCUCUGCCACAUUGGAGAAGCCAAGGAAUGGAUUGAGAGCGUUAUCCAGAAAGAGAUACCGAAAAUUGUAGGGCUGGAAGAAGCCUUGCGAGACGGUGUGACACUUGCAGAAGUGGUGCAGGCCAUGUACCCAGAUCGAGUCCUGCGCAUCUUCCGACAUGCAAAGCUGCAAUAUCGCCAUUCCGACAAUAUCGCCUUGUUCUUCCGAUUCCUUGACGAUGUGGAGUUGCCCGAAUUGUUCCGUUUUGAGCUUAUUGACCUUUACGAAAAGAAAAAUAUUCCCAAGGUGAUCCACUGUAUUCACGCCUUGUCCUGGUUGCUAUUCAAGAAUGGAAUGUUGGACUUCCGCAUGGGCAACUUGGUUGGUCAGCUCGAGUUCGAACAUCAUGAGCUUGAACAAACCCAAAAGGGCCUGGAUAAGGCGGGAGUCAGCAUGCCUAGCUUUGCGGGCAUGGCCGCGAAUUUCGGUGCAGAGCCAGAACCUGAACCGGAGCCCGUUGAGCCCGAGGAAGAGCGAAUUGACCGGGAGCUACACGAAAAUGAACACUCGAUCGUCGAGUUCCAAGCUCAAAUCAAGGGCGCGACGCUACGGUUGAAGCUCGGGACCAUGAUGAAUGACCUCUGGGAUUUCGAGCCUCUGUUGAUCGACCUGCAAUCCCGCCUGCGUGGAGACUGGGCCCGACAAAUCAGCCAGUAUCGACUGAGCAUGCGUCAAUUUGCUGUGCAGCUGCAAGCCAUCAGUCGCGGAUUCAUUGUGCGCCGUCGCCAGAGCGGGGAGAAGCAAUGGCGCGAAGCACAAGAGACUGAUGUUCUCCAAUUGCAGAGCCUGAUUCGUGCUUCAAGAGUACGGGCAGAAGCAAAACUUUUGCGAACGUGUGCUCGGCGCGAGGAAUCUGGUAUCAAGCAAUUCCAAGCUGCCAUCCGAGGUGCGCUGCAACGAAAGAACGUCUCCGACCAGUAUGAAGAAACCCGUUAUACCGAAAAUGAUGUUACGACUCUCCAAGCGGUAAUCCGAGGUGCGAUGCAACGGAAGCAAAUGAAUGCACAGUCUCGGGAAGUUGAGCAAGCCAGCAACCCAGUCAGAUCAUUGCAGGCAGUGAUUCGCGGAAACCUUGCCCGUCAAGAAAUGUCCCAAGUGAAGGCCUCCCUUCAACAUGAAUCCCCUGCUAUUACCUUCAUUCAAUCCACUAUCCGUGCCCUGGCGUCUAAAAAACGACAUGUUCAGCUCUUGGACGCUCUGUCCAUGACUGAAUCCGAAUGUACCGCCUUGCAGGCAAUGGUACGCGGUGCUGCCCUGCGCAAGAGCAAUUCAGUUCUUCACUCAGAGUUAGCCCAGCAUCAAUCUGCUGUCACUACUCUCCAAGGCAUCCUUAGGGGCAAGGCGACCAGGAGGUUCCUGGAGGAGCAGCAGGCUUCGUUGAAAGAGCAAGAAAACACUAUUUUGGACCUGCAGGGCAAGAUCAGAGGUGUCCUACAACGCAAGCGCCUGGCAGCAGAGCGGAAGGAGCUCGAGAAGCACGAGCAGCUGGUUGUGAGCCUUCAGUCGCUUGCGCGUGCCGCAUUGCUACGCAUUGAGGUUGGGGGGAUUCUUGCGCGACUUGAAGAAAGUGAAGAGGAGAUCGUUCAACUUCAAGCAUUGUCGAGGGCCAUGCUUGUACGCAUCCAAGUUGGCCAGGCAUUGGCUGACCUAGAAGACGAGGAGGAAUUUAUCAUCGACCUCCAGGCUCGUAUUCGGGGUAGCCUGGUGCGCAACCGCUUUGAGGAGAGACGCCGUCACUAUAAUGAAAACAUGGAGAAGGUCAUUAAGGCCCAAAGUGUUAUCAGAGCUCGCAUCCAAGGCCAGGCGUACAAGAGCUUGACAAGCGGCAAGAAUCCGCCAGUCGGCACAGUGAAGGGCUUCGUUCACCUUCUGAAUGACAGCGACUUUGAUUUCGAUGAGGAAAUUGAGUUCGAGCGGUUGCGGAAGGUGGUUGUCCAGCAGGUUCGUCAAAACGAACUUGCAGAGCAGUACAUCAGCCAGCUCGACAUCAAGAUUGCCUUGCUUGUCAAGAAUAAGAUCACACUCGAUGAAGUUGUCAAGCACCAAAAGCACUUUGGUGGCCAUAUCGGCAACCUGCUGUCCAACACCGACAUCUCCUCUAAAGACCCCUACGAUCUCAAGGCCUUGAAUAAGACCUCAAGAAAGAAGCUCGAUCAGUACCAAGUGUUUUUCUUCCUCCUACAGACACAGUCACAAUACCUCGCCAGACUGUUCCGUCGCCUUCGAGAACUGAACACUUCCGACAAGGAGUACGAGCGUAUCAGACACCUGAUGAUGGGCCUCUUUGGAUACUCGCAGAAGAGGCGCGAAGAAUACUACCUCGUCAAGCUUCUUGCUCGCUCUGUCAAGGAAGACAUCGAAACCUUUACCGCACUCCCUGAAUACCUGCGCUCCCACGCGUUCUGGAACAAGCUCUUUGGCUCCUAUGCAAAAUCACCUCGAGACCGGAAGUUUAUGCGUGAUGUUCUGGGCAGUGUGGUGAAGGAGUCUGUCAUUGACAACCCAGAGCUUGACCUUGAAAGCGACCCGAUCCAAAUUUACCGCUCUUCUAUCAACAACGAGGAGCUUCGUACAGGCCAACGCAGCCGUCGGCGACCGGAUCUCCCACGAGAAGAAGCCAUCAGAGAUCCAGAGACUCGCGAGACGUUCAUUCAGCAUUUGCAGGAUCUGCGUGACAUCGCUGAUCAAUUCUUUGCUGCUUUCGAAGAUUUCCUGUAUCGCAUGCCAUUUGGUACCCGAUACCUUGCGCAGCAAAUGUAUGAGAAUCUACUCGCGCGGUUUCCAAACGAGGACGCUGGGUUUGUCCUGCAAACAGUUGGCCACUGGGUGUGGAAGAACUAUUUCCAGCCCGCCCUGCUCGAGCCCGAGAAGUACGGUGUUGUGGAUCGUGGUCUGACCCAAGAACAAAAGAGAAACCUCGGUGAGAUCUCCAAGGUCGUGGCUCAGGUUGCUUCUGGUAGACUCUUUGGCGCCGAGAAUGUCUACCUUCAGCCGCUCAAUUCCUACAUUGGCGAGUCAAUACAAAGGCUUGGUCAGAUCUGGGGACAGAUGAUCUCGGUACAAGACGCCGAAGCCUACUUUGAUAUCGAUGAGUUCAACGAUCUUUACGCCAAGGCCAAGCCUACUCUUUACAUCAAAAUGUCCGACAUCUUUUCAAUCCAUCAGCUCGUGGCUUCCGAAAUUGAUUUCAUGUGUCCGCACCCCGAUGACAUCCUCAAACAGCUUGUGCGGGAUCUUGGAAACGUGAAGAGUAACGAGAAUGAGUUGAUGGGUGUCAGCUCUACGGAGAUCAAUCUGACACUUAACCCAAAGCUUGCUCAAACCGAAGAUCCGGAAGCCGAGAUCAAGGCCUUGUUCAUGGAGACCAAGAGAUGUAUUCUUUAUAUUAUUCGUGUCCAGACUGGCGCAAACCUGAUGGAUAUCAUGCUCAAGCCUCCAAGUGAUGAAGAUCGACAACGUUGGCAGACACUGGUACGAGAGGAAUUGAGUACAAAUAACUCUCGUCGGGGUGCCUACUCGGAGGCCAGCACCUUGAUUGACAUUGGGUCCAUGGACUACACGGAGCUCAAGGGUAUUGCUCUGGAGAACAUCCUUCGCCUUGAACAGGCCGGCAAGAUCAGUCGACAUAAUCAUUACCAAGACCUUUUGAACGCCAUUGCCAGCGACAUCCGGACAAAGCAUCGCCGCCGCAUCCAACGAGAGCGUGAGCUGGAGGGUGCACGAAUGACCUCAACUCGCCUUAACGACCAAGCCCUCUAUCUGGAUCAACAGCUCAAGACCUACAACGACUACAUUGAGCAGGCUAUGAUCACGCUGCAGAACAAGAAGGGCAAGAAGCGAUUCCUCAUGCCGUUUACCAAGCAGUGGGAUCAUCAGCGUGAACUCCAAAAGUCGGGCAAGGUGUUCAAGUUUGGUUCGUACAAGUACUCCGCUCGCACAUUGGCCGACCGAGGUGUGCUUGUCGCCUGGAAAGGAUAUACUGAGCGGCAGUACGAUCGAGUGGAUCUUACCAUCUCCAGUAACGAAGUUGGAGUUUUCACCAUUGAUGGGAGCAGCGGCAACAUGAUGGUCCCUGGAGCCAAUGCCCAAGUACCACUUGACGACCUGCUGCAGGCCCAGUUCAACAACACACAAUUCAUGGACUUCUUUGACGGGCAGAUGCGAGUUAACGUCAACCUCUUCCUGCACUUGAUCAUGAAGAAGUUCUACAACGAGUAA